AUGAUCCACGCGUUCGCCGCCUCCCGCUCCCGCUCCACCCGCCGCGACGGGUGGGUGCGCAAGCCGCCUCCCGCAACCAUGGGCGACUAUCUCCUCGGUGGAACCGCACUCAAGCAGGCUCCGGAGCACCCGACCUCCGCGAGCAUCACGAGCAUCAAAGAGAAGGUGCUCAACCUCAACGACCAGACCGCCUUCCCUGCGUUUGGCAAGAGCGGCGGCGGGGAGAAGUCGGCGGGAAAGCCGGCGGCGGCGUCCAAAGUGGCGCCCCGGCUCGCAAAGGCGAGCAAGGCCUUUGUCGUCAAUUGUAGUGUUUGUUUUGUUGGCGGCGAGACGUUGUGA